UUCACCAUGUCGAUACCCGCUCCCGUCGUGCCGCUGGAGAAGGUGCAGCUACCCCAACAGACUAUUGCCGACAACAUCGCCCCGAAUGGCCCCUUUGCGCGGUUACAAAGUCUUUACGCGGCUUUCCACGAGCGGAGAGAAGCCCUCGGUCUGUCGAAUCCCGGCACGGUAGAAAACAUUGGAAAGGAAGUUCAGCGCGAUGUUUUCCUUACCAACCAGAGCUUCUCGGGCUUGCGCGCCGAGCUCACAAAGGUCUUCAGCACCGCGCCCAUGUUCCAGGUCUCUCACGCCUUGUCCAUGGGCAACCAGGCCAUGCCGCCUUAUGCUUUCUCAGCCAUGUACGGCUCGCCCAAGGUCUUCCUGCAAGGAAACAUCGACAACGAUUUCACUUUCUCCGGUCGCUUUAACUGGCGAUGGACCAAAGCUUUCGUGUCCAAGGCAUCGGCCCAGCUCACCCCCCAGGGCAACAUGAUGUCUAUUGAGAACGAUUACACUGGCUCCGACUUUUCUGCCUCCUUGAAGGCUAUCAAUCCUUCGUUCCUGGACGGCGGUGUGACAGGCAUGAUUGUGGGAAGCUACCUUCAAGCUGUCACCCCCAAGCUGUCCCUUGGUAUCGACGCUUUCUGGUCUCGCCCGGCCAUGGCCUACCCUCCCGAGCUCAACGUCUCAUUUGCUGGAAGAUACAAGGCCGCUGACUGGAUGGCCUGUGGUCAGAUCAUCCCUGAUCGAGGUGUCUUGGAAGCCUCAUACUGGCGAAAGCUUUCGGAGCGUGUGGAGACGGGUAUCAACUGCAACCUUGCAUUUGCAGGCAUGGGUCCCGGUUCUCCCAUGGCUGGAAUGGGCGCCCCCCAAAAGGAGGGCAACGUCACCAUUGGCGCCAAAUACGAUUUCCGCUCCUCCUCUUUCCGCGCACAGAUUGACAACCAGGGCAAGGUGGCUUGUCUGUUGGAGAAGAUGAUCGCACCUCCUAUCCGUGUGACGUUCUCCGGUGAAAUCGACCACCCACAGAACGCCGCAAAGCUGGGUCUUGCAGUAUCGAUAGAAGCCGCAGAUGAGGCUGUCAUGGAGCAACAAGAGGCUACCGGAGGCGCAUCUGUCGCCGGUUCCAUUCCCUUCUAA